AUGAUGAUGCUCUGGGCCUGGGCCGGCGUCCCCCUGGGAGUCUACAACAUCGUCUCCUCCUUCAACCUUGCCCUGCAGGUCCAACCUCAGAUCCUCGCCUUCCUAAGCCUCGUCACCUGGGGGCAGUGUCUCUACUACCAGCAAUGCUGGACAGCGAUCGAGACCCUGUCCGUGGCGGUGCCGAUCGGGAUGGUGAUGGCGGGUGUGGAGGUCGGGCUGGUGUUCGCGCUGCGGAACAGAAACGGGCAAGACUGGGCGAUGACGCUCAUGGCGGCGUUGUCUGCCCUGUUGCUUGCGCUGGGCGUGCUGAGGCAUUACGUCGAUAUAUGGAAACAUCGGACCGUGAGGGGGAUUUCCUUCUUGUUUGUGGGGAUUGAUGCGCUCGGGGAUGUCUUCUCACUGGUGUCGGUCGUUUUCCAGAAAGAGCUGGACGUGUUGGGAAUGGUGAUUUACGGGACGGAAUUGGCUCUCUGGUUGGGAGUUUUUGCUGCUGGCGGGUGGUAUGACCUCCUGCCCAAGGUCCGGCAAAGGUGGGGGUCGGGGAGGGAGGGAAAGGGGGGAGAAACGAGGGGGGAGGAGUUGGGACGGGGCCAGGCCGAAAAUAACAACACGGCGAGAGCAACCGGGCUGGCUACUUUGCACGAUGGGGCGUCAUCAACAUCCGUUUUUCGGACGGCAUCAAGGUCAAUAGAGGGGUAG